GCUACAGGGUGGUUCAGAUAGACAGUCAGGUUGAAAUGAUUGUCACAGUGUAGUCAGAGUUUCUUUCUUUUCACACCACGUUAUGGCAGUUAUGGUUUGGAGUGUAUCCUCCAGUCUUGUUUGUGUUUUAUGUGUGAUCCUGCUCCCGGCCGUAUGGGCUGAUAUCUGCACCAGCUACAGGGACGAGGAUGGUGUCUACCAUGGUGUUCAGCUGUGUAGGUUUCAGUAUUGCUGUGGAAACUGCCAGAACAAAUAUUGCUGCAGUGAUCAGGAAAACCAGCUCAGUCAAAAAAAACAAGAAGACUGCCCUGGAAGGCCAGUCAGUGCGAAACAAAUUAACAUUGCUGCAAUUUUGGGAGGCAUCUUUGCGACCAUCAUUCUUAUUAUCCUCUGUGUGGUUCUCAUCAUCUGCUUUCUUUCUCCUUCUUGCUUGUUUUACAAGAAGUGUCGAAAAGGACACAACCAAAGGCGGCAAACUGUGACAACCACCAAUGUAGUCAACGUACCCCAGCAGCCACUCUCCCCCUCAGUAUAUCAGCCGUCCUACCCAGGCUACCAACCAGUACCUGCCCUGCAUGGAUAUGGAGGCCCACCCAUUCCCACUGCACCACCACAUUCAUACUUGGAAGCUUCGGAUCCAACACACUUUCCAGCUCCAUUCCUUGAUGGGCAGCCGAUGUAUCCCCUCCAACCUCCUUCUGCACUGCCAUCACAUUCAGACGAACUUGCACAGCCACCCUACAACCCGUCUUAUGGCCCAAACCCCUGAACCAGAUAGCUUACAAGUAAAGCCACUGCAUGUACCACCAUUCUCAAGAUGUAUGAGUGAAUGUAUGUAUUAGAUUGUGUUUAUUUAGCGGAAACAGACUUGUGGGUUGUCAAAUUCAAUUUAAAAGCAGUACAUCUGGUGAAAUCUUCAAUCUUAUAGUUAUGUAUCCAUAAUUUAAACCAAACUACCAAAAAUAUCUGUUGUUUCUUGCAGCUAUUACUUUUUUUGUGUUAACUGUUAUGAACAAUAAUUUCAGUAAUGAUUUUUUGUUUAGCAGUAUUCCAUUUUAGAACAUUUUAACCUUUAAACUGACAUUGAAAGACACAAAAUUUCAGAAGAGAAACACAAGUAUCAAAUACACAUUUCAAGUCAGGAGAGAAAAAAAUACAACAACAAUAAUUAUUUUUUUAAAAAAAAUUAAAAAAAACCAAACAAUCUCCUUAAACAUGAGCACAACAAUCAAGGCAAUGUUUGUUCAGAGAAUUAUUUCUCUGUAUAAUUCAUAUUCAUUCAUAUUCUCUGAAAAAAAAAUCACUAGAAUGAGUCUUGGUUUACAACAACUGAGGAGUUUUUGUAAAGGAGUUUUUUCCUCCUAUAAAAGGAGCACCCUUAUCUGUGUUACUACCAUUGUAACUGUUGACAUUAAGAAGAAACAUUAUUUUAACUGAUACAUUAUUUAAAACAGAACUAUGUCGUGAUGCAUCUACAGUCCCAAAUAAAUAGAAAUGCGUCUUGCCAGUGAUAAUAAUGAGUUGUAUGUCCCCCGUCAUUGGCGGCACUGUUAAUACUUGUGUUUGUAAGUAUAGGCUCUCAGUUGAACUACUAGUCCACUUCACUUUUUAAAAACUGAAACUGCCACUAGAGGUCGUCUGAGCCCUACUUCAAUAUAGAAGAGGGAACCAGUACAUGCAAUAUGCUUCAUUCUGGUGCUACACAGUAUUGUUAUCAAGCAGAUUGUUUUAAAUGCAAAACAGUAAACCUAUGACUCUGACAAAAAGGCGCGUCUUGUUAUGAUUAAGCAUGUUUCUUUUACUUGCAGAGAUCCAAGAUUAAAAUCCCAUCUGACUGCAUUAGGAUAGAUGGUUUCAUCCUUAGGCGGUAAUUAAAGAGGUGGAUACACUCGGUAGUCUCCCACCUAUAAACUUUUAGUUAAAUGGCUACAAGAGAAAAACACUGGGUAAUCCCCUAAUGUCUUAAUUACUGUGAUAUGAUGUAAUUUAUUUUUCAAAAACUACACAAUAUGUGCACUAAGUGAAUUUACAGUGCCAGUAAAGUAAGCCAGAUAGGUCUUCUAACACCAGCAACGCUCUCUGUGUUGUGUAAUCUGUGUCUGCACAGGUAGUUCUGUACAAGUCUUUGCUUUUUCAGCCCUUUGACUUGUCAUAGUAGGAA